GCUUCGGAAAUCUUCGGAGAACUGAGGGGAGGAGGGGACCCAAGUCUGCCUGGUGGCGCAAAUUUCCACCUCACACCGGUCCCUGUCUGGGAACCUAAAAUGCUGUAAAGUGACGCACUUCCGGUAUUGUGAGAGCCCUCUUUAGUUCUUGUGCUGUGGCAGAGAGAGUGAGAGAUAGACGGCGGUGGAAGACAUGGCGGCUGCCGGGAGCAAGUCUGUGCUGUUUGUGUGUCUGGGCAACAUUUGCCGAUCUCCAAUAGCAGAAGCCGUGUUUAGAAAGUUGGUAACAGAUGAAGGAGUAUCCCACGAGUGGCACAUAGACAGCGCUGCCACCUCUACAUAUGAAAUAGGAAACCCCCCGGAUCACCGUGGCCAGAGCUGUAUGAGGAAGCACGGCGUAGCUAUGAAUCACACUGCCAGGCAGAUCACAAAGCAGGAUUUCCUCUCCUAUGACUAUAUUCUGUGCAUGGAUGAAAGUAAUCUAAGAGACUUGAAACAUAAAUGUAGCCAAGUACAAAACUGCAAAGCAAAAAUCGAACUGCUGGGAAGCUACGACCCCCAAAAACGACUCAUCAUUGAAAAUCCAUAUUAUGGCAGCGAUGAAGACUUUGAGACCGUCUACCAGCAAUGUGUUAGAUGCUGUAAAUCCUUUUUGGAGAAGUGCUCCUAGUAUUACAUAGAAGUAAUGACGUUAAAGCUGUGUGCCAUGGCCGUAUCUGUUGUGUUAUGAAAUCACAUUCAUCUUUUAGUCAAUGGAACAAGACUUGAUCUAUAAUUGAUACCAUGAUAAAAGGAACCUGAUAUGUUUGAAAAAGCAGUCCACUUUUCAGGCAUCAUGUCAUAGAGCAGAUUGAGGUAUAUAUAAAUUUGUAGUAAAAAAAAUAUAGAAUGUGUAGUAAAUCACUAAUAAGAGUCCAGUGGGCGGUCCAAUCAGUGAUUAACAGCUUCCCCUGUAUCAGAUAACUCAGUUACUGAUUAGGACCGCCCACUGGACACCUAAGCAUGACAAGUCAUACUGAACCUUUUCCCCACAAAUAAAUAUAUAUCUCACUCUGUUCAGCUCCUCCAGCUCUAUAACAUGAUGCCUACAGAUUGAGCUAUAUUUUUAACAUUCUGUCCCCUUUUGGGACUCGCAACAGCCGGAGAUCAAUGGCCGCUCUUCACAGACACUUAGUAUGAUCCCUGCUUCUACGUCAUUGUCCACUAAGAUACGUAAAUCAAGGUUUGUAUUCACCAAAUGGGGAGCUGGGGUUACAGGAGGAGGGGACCCUAAUGGCCACAAAUACCGCUCCAGGACAGGAUUCUCAAAAGUUCUCUGUACCCUGGUACGAUCAGAUGACAGGCAGAUGUAAAGAAAGAACACACAGUGACUGCAAUUUUUACAACAUAAAAAUAACAAUAAAAAGAAUUAAAAAUAAUCAUGGAAAAAAAAAAAAAAAA